CGCUUCCUUGAAGCUUUCAAAUCCCCGCCUCGCCUCGCCUCAGCUCGGCUCCUUCCGAAAAAAAAAAAAAAUUCGCACCUUCCCCCACUCGCGCGUGCGCUCGGAUUCAAGCCCCCUCCCCCGCUUCCCUUCACCACCCGAUCGCUCCCGGCCUCGCCCAGCUUCGCGCGCGGCCAGGGCUGGGAGUUGGGGCCUAGGGCUUGGAGGUUUGGAUCCUGAUGGCGACAGCGGGGACGGAGGGGAAGGGCAGCGAUCGGCAGGGGGCGGCGGAGCGGCGGGUGCUGCGGUCGCGGUACCUCGCCGUGAAGAGCCUCAUCAGCGAUGAGAGGGAUGAGAUGGCGAGGGCGGAUUCGGACAAAUUCGCGGCACUCAUCACGCAGGUGGAGAGCUUGCACGAGCUCGUACAGAGACCUAGGGAGCAAAUAGCUGAUGCAGAAGCCCUACUGGACAUUGCAAGCACUUUGGUAACAUCCGUGAGGUCCCAGUCAAGUGAAGGAAUCACUCCUUCUGAUUUUGUAACAGCAUUGCUGAAGAAAUUUGGGCAGCAAGGGAACCUUGAUACUGAGGCUGCCUCAUUGCGCUGGGGUGAUAUUGGGCUUUCUGUCUCGCAUGCCUUUAGGCCUGUGCCUGGAUGCUGCACCAUGCUUGGACCCAUGAAUACAGAAGUAAAACAGCGGAAGGUUUCAGCUGUUAGUAGGAAACGGACUGCGAGGCCAACUGAAAAUACUUGUCCUGAAGAGCUUGCUGGUUCUUCGGAGGAAGUAAAGACAGACACUGACAGGAACGUGUUAGUUAUAUUUGAUGUCCUGAGGCGAAAGAAGAGUGCAAGGCUGGAAAACCUUGUUUUGAACAGGCUUUCAUUCGCCCAAACAGUUGAGAAUAUUUUUGCACUGUCUUUCUUAGUGAAAGAUGGUAGGGUGGAAAUAAAUGUAGAAGAUAACGGGCACCAUAUAGUACGCCCAAGAAAUGCACCUGCUGCUAGUGCCAUAGCCUCAGGAGAAGUCUCCUACAGCCAUUUUGUUUUUAGAUUCGAUUUCAGAGACUGGAAGCUUAUGAAAGAAGCUAUCACGGAGGGGGAAGAACUGUUGCCGCACAGGACCUCCCAGAGCGCUCCCUGCACUGAAGAGAAUGAUCAGCCAGAGCUGGAGACACAUGUUCAGAGAACACCGAUCAGAAAACUCUCUCGGAACCGAGGCUUGGUUUUGCAGGAUCAGGUUGUCCAGGAAACACCCGAGGAAAACCAAACGUCCAAGCGCAGGCGUCUUUUCAGAGAUCAGGAAUGAACUUGCUAGUGGCAUGUGCAGUGUAGGCACCUAGCAGCCUGCCUUGUUGUGUAUGUAGAAAUAUUAACUAGUAUUUUCUUAGGGUUUGUAGGGCAGUUUUGUCAUAGCACGGCUUGUGUAUGUAGAAUAUUCUUAUAUUUUCCUAUUGUUUGGACUUCUUUUUUUGAGAUCUGGCGACUUGAGUAUGUUAUUUCUAGAGUAAAAUGCACGAUCGGUUCUUAAAUUUGUCCCGUGGUGUCAUAUGGUUUCCAAACUCUUAAAUGCAAAUCUGGGUCCUAAACAUGUUAAUUAUGCCACUUGAGAUCGAAAUCUUCCUAAUCAGAAUGUGUCUGCAUUUUCCCUCCUCCCUUGGGAUGCUACAUAGACAUAUACAUGAUGAUUAGGGAGAUUUGGAUCUUGAAUGGCACACUUAACAAGCUUAUGGACACAUCUAUGUAU